GCAUCCGUGCUACCAAAGGCACCCCGCCGCCCAGCCCAAAUCCAGGCUCAAGACGCGCUCACAUUUUUGGUCCAGACGCGAUACGAGAGGUUUAAGCCACAAGAAUACACCCGCACGCAUGGCAGAUCAUCGUUCCUGCUGCCGCUACAUGCCAGGCGGGCGCCGCGGACAUGGACCUCGACCUCGCCGUGCAAGUCGCCUGCCCGCCCGUGCCCGGAGAGGACUUCGCCUUCGCCACCUCCGAGACCGGUGCCGCCUUCCUCGUCCUUGCCCACCUCCCUGGCUACGCGAAGGAUGAGGUCGAGGUCCGCGUCGGCGCGGACGGAGCGGAGGUCGCCGUCACAUGCGCGAGGAAAGAUGCGUUCGCGGUGGAGGCGGAGGCGGGGAGGGUGCGGGUGGCACACCGGCAGGUGGUCGGCGGGUUCCGCCGCGCGUUCGACGUGCCGCCCGGCGUGGACGUGGGCCGGAUCUCCGUCGGCUUCGAGGAGGACGACGGGCUGCUCGUCGUCAUCAUGCCCAAGAUGCGGCCCGGCACGCCGGACGACGGCGGGGACGAGGAGGCGCGGCUCGACGUCGAGAGCUCCGGCGGCGAGUGCGAGUCGUCGUCCGGGUCCCACGCGGGAAGCGAGAGCGACGACGUCGGCGUCGAGAUGGAGCUGGAGCUCGGCGACGAGGCGUCGAGCCUCGAGCUGGAGCAUGAGGAUUGGGUCGACGUCGAGUCGGAGGAGGACGAGCCUGAGCCUGAGCCGCCGCCGCGCGACGUGCCCGUGGUCAUGGACGUGGCGGUGGAGACUCCUGUGCCGGUGGAGACGUCCGUGGAGGUGGAGGAGGAUCGGGACGUCCCGGUGGAGGCGCCGGUGGAGGUGGAGGAGGACCGCGACGUGCCCGUGGAGACGGCGGUCGAGGUCGAGGGCAAGCCGCGGGUGGUCGACAUCGAGUGCGACAUCGUGUUCGAGCCGGCGGAGCCGGAGCCGCUGGUGGAGACGCCGAUCGAGGUGCUCGGGCCGCCGCACCGCGAGCCCGAGCCGCCGGCCGACGUGCCGAACCCGCCGGUGGACAUCCCGUGCGACGUGGAGUCUAAGCCCGAGCCGGCCGUCGUGCAGGAACCCGAGGAGCCAAAGCCACCGGCCGAAGAACCAGCGCAGGAGCCGCCCGCGGAAGAACAGGUGGAAGAGCCGCCGCCACAGGCUGAGCUGCCUGCGGAAGAACCCGUGCAAGAGCUGCCGGCCGAAGAACCGGUUCAAGAGCCGCCUGCCGAGGAACCCGCGGUGGAAGAGACGCCGGCCGAAGAACCAGUGCAGGAACCGGUGCAAGAGCCGCCGGCGGUCGAGCCACCAAAAGAACCGAGCCCACCGCCGGUGUCUCCUCCAGACAGCGAAUCUGGCAGCGAGGAUGGCAGUUCUGACGGGGACGACGAGCCGGGAGGUGCUGGCGGCGACGGCAGGAGGAGGCGCGGCAGGAGAGGAGGGCGGUGGCCGCGGCGAGGGAGGCGCCGCGGGCUCCGGCUGGGCAUGGUGGUCGCCCCCGCGCUGAUCCUGCUCGCGCUCGCUGUGGCCACGGCGAGGCGGCGGCGGCCGCAGCAGCGCGGGGGAGCCGGGGCGGGUGUUGUGUGGAGUAGCUUGGGUGUCCCUUCAGUCAUUGACGCCUGGUAUGGUAGGAUGCAACGGAAUUUUCGUGUGAUUGAUAUAGCUAGUGUAGCUAAUUUUCAAAUUGUAAGAGCAUCUCCAAGAGCUCUUGUAUCUAUAGAUGGCUAUUCUGAUAUAACUAUUAUGUAA